UUUAAAUUUCGUUCGUUUCCAGUUGCGAUCAACAAUAGGAAAAACCAAUCCGAAGGCAUCAAAAUCAAGGCAUUUUUCUGCAAUAUGAAUCCUCUGAUCGUCAUCUCAGCAUUAAUGCUCAUUGGCCUGGCAUCCGCUUGGAGCAACAAUUACGACCGUCAAUUGUACUUCGAAUGCCCCGAUAACGAAUCAAUCAACAACAUCAAGAGCGUACACAACAAUCACCACGAGGACCGGAUUUGGGACUUUGAAUGUCGUCGGAGUUCACUCGUUUUGGAUUCGUGCUCAUGGUCCGGGUUUGCGAAUUCCUACGAUGAUGCCCUAUCGUUUCAGUGCCAAAAUGGAGCUGGAGUUGUUACUGGCAUGAAGUCCGAUCAUGAUAACCACCAUGAGGACCGACGAUGGAAAAUCAAGUGUUGCAAGCCAAGGAGCACUUGUUAUUCGGAAUGUAAAUUGACUCCUUACGUAAAUGAAUAUGACCGACCUUUGAGCUAUUCGGUUGAAACUGGUUACUAUUUGACGGGAAUGGAAUCCGUGCACGACAACCACCAUGAAGAUCGUAUUUGGAGAUACCGUUAUUGUAAGGUUAUCCCUUGCUAAUCGGUGGAACUUAUGAGCCCUUCCGUAUUCGCAUUUGACGCUCGACAUGAUGUUUGUACACAAUUUAUAUGCAUUUUGAAUACAAUAGUUGACUCUUUGUUCUUCACAUAAUAUAUUCAAUAUGAUUCUCUAAAA